ACCUGGUCACACGGAAUUGUGACCGUGAUUUUUGCAAUAAAGCAGAACAAUUGAAGCUAGAAAAGUAAGAUGUAUUAAUUUAAAAAUGUAAUUAACCAGUGCACUAUUUAGUUCUGAUCUGGAAAAAUGUGCGCACAUCUCUUUAGACAAAUUGGAGAUUAAGUGUAGACAGCAAGUGCAAGUGAAAUGUGAAGUGUUUUUUUUUGUUUGUCCAAGUCGAACAACUGUUUGUGUGCUUGUAUAUGUGUGAGUUGUGUGUGACGUCUGGUUGCACUUGUUAUGCACUAAUACCAAUUAAAAUAUGUAAAGAGUAAUAUAAAAAAAAAAAAAAAAAAAACAGCUGCAAUAUUGCAACGCAAAAGAAAAGAAGAGAUUUACCAUAAUCAUUGAAAUACCAAACUAAGCGACGCUUUAAUACACGCGUUUAAAAUACUACGUUUUAAUAAAAAUGGACAAAUUUCCAUUAAAAGGUAGCAGAGAGGCUGCAGCGGAAGGCAACAACUAUAUAACCGCAUAUCAAACAGUCAUGAAAAAGUCAAAUGGCCAUAGCAUAGGAGCAGGAGACGGCGAUCAUCCUUUGGCCCCACACUCAAAGCAAUCCUAUACGGCAGCGGCAACCACGUCACUCACCGCAAACACAGACGACGAGGAUAUGAUCGAUAUAACGCCACGUUCUAGUCCAGGCGAUCUUAUCGGCGGCUCCAGCGGCUAUCAUCGUGAGACUGUUACCGAAUCGGAUACGGAACGCGACUUUGCGCCAAAUCAGCGAGCAAUGCACCAUCAUCAUCAUCAUCAACAUCAACAUGUGCCAACUCACAGCGCUUUCGGUGACCCCAUGGAUGGAGCACUAUCGUUCUAUGGCUCCUCAGAGGUACAUGAUGAGAUACCAGGCAUUGGGCAGUACGAGGAUUUUCAUACCAUCGAUUGGCAGCGGGAUAUUGCUCGCGAUCGCAUGCGACAUCGUUACAUAGUCAAAAAGCGACAGGAUUCACUUUGGGAUUUGAUAAAAGGAGCUAUUGACGCAGGCUCUGGCUGGCUAUGCGUCCUGCUUGUGGGCAUUGCAGCAGGCUGUGUUGCGGGCAUGGUGGAUAUAGGCGCUAGCUGGAUGUCAGAUCUAAAGCACGGAAUAUGUCCGACUGCCUUUUGGUUUAAUCGCGAACAGUGUUGCUAUCCAGAUAAGCAGUCUGUCUUCGAGGAGGGAAACUGUUCCAUGUGGAAGACGUGGCCGGAGCUCUUUGGGCUUAAUCGCACAGGCACGGGUCCGAAUAUUGUAUCGUAUAUCUUAUAUAUUUUAUGGGCAUUGCUUUUUGCCUCACUAAGCGCGUCGCUGGUGCGCAUGUUUGCCCCUUAUGCCUGCGGAUCUGGCAUACCGGAGAUUAAGACCAUAUUGUCGGGCUUUAUCAUACGCGGCUAUCUAGGCAAAUGGACUCUGUUGAUCAAAUCGGUGGGUUUGAUGCUCUCCGUGUCUGCAGGUCUAACACUUGGCAAGGAAGGACCAAUGGUGCACAUUGCUAGCUGUAUUGGCAAUAUAUUUUCGCAUCUCUUUCCCAAAUAUGGGCGAAACGAGGCCAAAAAGCGUGAAAUUCUAUCAGCAGCAUCUGCCGCUGGCGUCUCUGUUGCUUUUGGAGCGCCUAUAGGCGGAGUUCUGUUCUCGCUGGAGGAAGUGUCCUAUUACUUUCCACUGAAGACUCUGUGGCGCUCAUUCUUCUGUGCGCUUAUUGCCGCUUUUGUUCUACGAUCACUGACGCCAUUUGGCAAUGAACAUUCCGUGCUGUUCUUUGUGGAAUAUAACAAACCUUGGAUAUUCUUUGAGCUGAUUCCGUUCGUCUUUCUGGGCAUCAUGGGUGGUGUCAUUGGCACGUUCUUUAUAAAGGCAAACUUGUGGUGGUGCCGUUACAGAAAGUUUAGUAAGUUGGGCCAAUAUCCUGUUAGUGAAGUGCUCUUUGUUACGUUGGUAACUGCCAUCAUUUGCUAUCCGAAUCCCUUCACACGCAUGAACAUGAACGAGCUCAUCUUUCUGUUGGUUAGCAAGUGCUCGUCCGGAGACUCAAAUCCUUUGUGUGAUUACAAGCGAAUGAAUAUCAGUACAGGAACUAGUUUUAUAGAGGUGACAGAGCCAGGUCCCGGCGUAUAUCGUUCCAUUUGGCUGCUGGUAUUGACAUUUGUUCUGAAGCUGGCACUGACCAUAUUUACGUUUGGUAUAAAAGUGCCUUCGGGUUUGUUUAUACCAUCGCUGCUGUUGGGCGCCAUUAUGGGUCGCAUUGUUGGCAUCGGUGUGGAGCAAUUUGCGUACAGUUAUCCCAACAUUUGGUUCUUCACCGGAGAGUGUGCGGAUAGCAAUCUAAUAACACCUGGAUUGUAUGCGGUUGUCGGAGCUGCCGCCGUACUUGGCGGAGUCACGCGUAUGACUGUCUCCUUGGUGGUCAUAAUGUUCGAGCUAACUGGCGGAGUGCGUUAUAUUGUGCCAUUAAUGGCGGCUGCCAUGGCUUCUAAGUGGGUUGGCGAUGCGCUGGGCAGACAAGGAAUAUACGAUGCGCAUAUUGCCUUAAAUGGUUAUCCGUUCCUUGACAGUAAAGAGGAAUUUGCGCAUACAACGCUGGCAGCGGAUGUCAUGCAGCCAAAGCGCAAUGAAACAUUAAAUGUCAUAACACAGGAUUCCAUGACGGUGGAAGAUGUUGAGAAUCUGCUUAAGGAGACCGAGCACAAUGGCUAUCCUGUCGUUGUGUCUAGAGAAAAUCAAUAUUUAGUUGGCUUUGUACUGCGCAGGGAUCUUAAUUUGGCUAUUGGUAACGCAAAGCGUCUUGUCGAGGGCAUCAAUAGUAAUUCUAUAGUAUUAUUUACGUCCACGACACCCACUCAAAAUCUGGGACCGCCACCACUUAAACUAAAGAAAAUUCUUGAUAUGGCGCCCAUCACGGUGACUGAUCAAACGCCCAUGGAAACUGUGGUCGACAUGUUCCGUAAACUGGGUCUGCGUCAAACGCUUGUCACACAUAAUGGUCGCUUGUUGGGUGUUAUAACGAAAAAGGAUGUACUACGGCAUGUUAAACAAAUGGAUAAUGAAGAUCCCAAUACUGUGCUCUUUAAUUAAGUUGAAUUUAUUAGCCAAUCAGGCAGAUGCCUAGUUAUUAUUAUUAUUACUAUUAUUAUUAUUAUUAUUAUGUGUACUAUUAUCGCAAAACCAACAAAACUUCAUAUGAAUAAGCGGAAAGUUGAGAGCACGAGUAAAGUGAUUAGGAAAUUUACGAACGGAAUCGGAUAGCGUGAUGGAUUUAGCAAAAUUGUGUGCAGUACUACUAUAUACAUAUAUACAUAUGUAUAGUAUAUAUUAAUUGGUAUAUAACUAUACACAUAAAUAUAUGUUUGUGUCGUUAAUGUUAAUUGUAUAAUUUAUUAAAAACUAGUGCAAAAUUUCGCAGCAUAUUCAUAAUUUCCACUCUGUAAUUAUCAUUUGUAAACGCAAUCAAAAUAAUACUGUCUACAUUUAUUUUAAUAAUAUGUAAUCAUCCUAUUUUUAUACCUUUGUACAUCACGCGCAUGUUUGAUUGAAUGUUUGAAAAUAUUUUUUUAUUUAAAGCAAUUUUUACGCUGGCAGCACAGGCAAUAGUAUGAAAGAAAUGAUUUUAUUUAAUAGAAAGUUAACAAGAAUGGAUUAUAUGUUUUGCAUUUCGUUCAUACCUUAUAUAUAUAAAUAUAUAUAUAUAUACCAAUAUUGUAUUUUGUUAGACCUCUGUGAAAUUUUAAUCUAAACUCGUGUAAAUAGCAUUGAAAGAUGAUGAAACCAUUAAUAAACUUAAGCGAAGCUAUAUAAAAGUCUAUAUUAUAUGAAACAUAUGCUAUAUACUACUUUUAUGUACUUCAGAUAUAUAUAUACAUUACUUCUAUGUGGGUAACGUCAUUAGUAGUAAAAAGCAAUACUUUAAUAUUUGAAAGUUUAUGUAAACAAACUUUGCACCAAAAUUCAUUUUUAUUUUGCCUAGGUAUGGAGGCAUUCAUCAUUUCAUAGUUAUUUAUCACAUAUUUUAUAUUCAGUUAUGUUGAAAAAUUAACAAAGUCACAGAAAAUUUUAAUUUAGAAAGAUGUUCACAGUUUUGCGAUUUGCCAAAGCAUGUCCCAAAAUUGGGUUUCAAACUUGUCAUCAAGGCGAGAGUCAUUCUCAUGGACAUCGGCUCCCAUUGAAAACAGAUAAAUUAUUACAUAAUGGGUCGACAUUUUUUAAGAAGACGGGAGACUACGACAAAACUAUUGAUAUAACAAUGGUAACGUCCAAAAGUAAAAGAAAAAGGACGAUAUGCCCGACUCCGUCUGUCGACGACAAUGAUGCGGAAGCCUCUCCCAGAUGCGUUAAGCAACCAUGCUCGAGAGAUAAAAGUACUUUUGAAAUGUUUAUAAUGAAGCACGCAGGCGAAUCAAACAAUAGAUUGUCCAAUACUGUUAGUACCAAGCAGGCGGCACCAUAUCAAGAGGAGUGUGCCUCCAAGUAUGAGGAGACCAUCCCUAGUGAAAAGGAGAAAGACUCUAAUGUGAAUGAGAAUUCCUCCGAUGAGGAGAAUGCCGGUUUAUUUAUUGGCUCUAGUGAAACAACAGUUAGUUCCAAUAAGAAAGCGGCAGACUCUAAUGAAGUUCCCCGUAAAAAUCGGGCUGUUUCCAGACAAAUAGCGACUGUUAGCAGAAACGAAGAGACUAACUCUCUUGAUUACCCAAACGUAUCGACUGAAAAACCAUUUACUCGCCGAAAGCAAAUUGCCUCUUAUAAACAAUAUGCAUUGGCAGAUAAAGAAAUUAGUAGUGGCAGUGAAGAGCCCUCUGCCGUCAGACAAAAUUUUAGUUCAUCUAAUGAAAGCUCCGCUGGAUUAGAAGAUACUGCAGUCAGUGAGAGCUCAGGUAGUGAGGGUUGGACUCGCUUAUGUGCAAGUUUGACAUCUUUCAAUAAUCCAAAUUUUUCGACACAUCAUAUGAGCGCAGGCGGCAUAAAUACGCCUGCCGCAAAUAGAAGAGAGACUAUUUCAUCUUCUCAAAAUCCGACGUCCAAUAGAAAGCAAAGUACAGCUAAUAAGCCUUCAGCUUCCAGCCAGAAAGAUCAGUGUUCUUCCUGUGAAAAUCUUUCAUAUUUGUGUGACGAACCGAUAGCCUAUAAAAAAGUGACUGGCUACACAAUCGGCUCGCCCAUUGUUGAGCCCAGAGACUCUUAUGACAGAAGGCCUGAUGUAAAGCAGACCGCCUCCAGUACGGAAGAAUACGGUAGAGCACAACCAAUCUACAGUCAACCAAGUGAAGAACCGACGACCCAUAAUAAAAACGAGAUUGUCUUCAGUACAUCUACGUCCUGUGAAAAUCCCAUCUAUAAGACAGAGCUAUCAGGUCAAACAGACAGUAACGUCGACAUGAGUGAAAACCAGGUCGAAGCCAUGUCGAGCAACUCGAAUGAUAUCAAGUCUACUGCUAUGCAGAAACCAUUAGGAUUCAGCAGAAAACUGAUUGUCUUGUGUGAAAAAGUAUCUGGUUUCUGUGGAAAGCUAAUAAUUUCAAGCAAGAAACCGAGUGGCAAGGCUUAACAAUGAAACACAAAUAUUAAUAAAUACAAUAAGUUAUUAACUUAA